UACAGCAGACUGUUCGGCGGCUGCUCGCUAGUCCGUUGCAUCAGCGCACGCAUUGAAAGUUUUGGGUUUGGUUAGACUGCGUUCCGGUUUGCUGUUCGUAAGGACUUCUUUAUUUCGUUAUGCUGUCGGGGCUGCAGUCGCACGCCAAUGCCGAAAGCCGUCUGCGCUGUUUUUACCUGUCCGUCGAAGAGCGGAUCAGGCGUAUCGCUACAUGCCUUUCCCCGCGAAGGGCCACGGCGGCAGAAGUGGAUCGAUUUCGUGCGCGCGUGUGGACAUGUGAACUGGGAUCCCGUGCAGAACAGUCGUACUUGUGGGCUACAUUUCGAGGCCCAAUGUUUCAUGCCAACGACACUGGACUUGGCGGACACGGGUCGUCCGAAAAAACCUAUUGCAAUCCUCAAGUCUGAUGCUGUACCGGGCAUUCGUCACGUUCACAGAAAGAAGGUCGUAAUCCACAGAUUCCCCGCUCCUGGGCAGAGUGAUACGAGACUGCCUAAGCGACCGCGACCCGAGACGUGCUCGGACAGAGGGCACGAGCCUGACAUCCCUGUACAACUGUCGACUGACCAUUGCGCAGUCAGCGACAAUGUCACUACAAUUUCAGGCUGUCACGUUGCAAAUGUCCACACACAAUGCGAUGUUGAAGAGAAGUAUACACAGGUGUCUCACAAACACGCAUCAAGUUCAACAGGCGUUCAGACAAGGCCAACAAUUAGCAAUGUCGGUGAGUAA